AUUUUGUUUGAAGAAAUGUCAGGAUUAAGUUAGAACGAAGGUUAUCAGGCAAUAUUAUUCUGCGAAUCUCCACAAAAAUAGCGUUGGCAAAUUAUUUAAUGUAAAUCUUAUUAUUGAUGAUAGUGGUUUUUAAUGUUUCUUGUAGAUAAUGAAUGGAAACGUACUAUUAGGUGUAGCAGUUUUAGCGGCGUGCUUAUCAAGUUGCCAUUUAUUCCGUUCCUCCAGCAAUAUUAAGGAACAGUGUCCUCAUAUAUAUGAGAGGAAUUUCAAAGGAUGCUUUCCCAAAGGAAAUGUAACUGCAGGUAUAUUUGAGGAAGUGAAAGGAGUUAACAAACUAAAACAAUGUGUUUUGGAUUGCUGUGCUAAAGACACCUGUAAUGUUGUUUUUAUGCCAAAAGAUAAAUGUUUCCACAUUACUUGCAACAGUAACGAAUUGUGUAUCCCUACGCCUAGCUUGAAUAUUGAUUCUUCGGAACACUUCAAUUUGAUCUUAGUCAAACCCACAGAUGAUGAAACUUGGCAGGAAGUCCUUCAACAACAAGAAUUUUCAGAAGACAAGGAAAUUUUAGAUAUUCUCAAUGACAGAAGCAGGUUCGAAAAUGUAUUCAGGGACUUGCUGAAAGAGGAGUCGUUUGAAAAGGGUCUGUAUUGCACGAUUGGAUUGAAUGAUAAUUGCCUGCCAAAUGAAGAGUGUGUCCAGCAACAUCCGAAGUCUAGAUCAGGUACAUGUGAAUGCAAAGAUGGUUUCUUCCGCAGCGAAAAAGGUGAAUGUGUCUUACUUCUAUUGGAUGAAUCCUCUCUUAGACCCCUGCCAAGCAUUAUAUCGGAACGUAUUUUAAGUUUUGACAACAAAUCCAUACCCGUCACUCAACAACCACUUAUAGUGAAUGCUGAGUCGAAAGAAGUCAGGCUACCUGAGAAUGAAGUAACUUUGUUUGCCUCUGUCGUACCCGAUAAUGCUGAAAAGUAUCAGUUCGAAUGGACUUCUUUGCAUCAACCUGGGGGUAGCACUGCUGUUAAGCACCAAAAUGGAGGGCAGUUACACUUGGAGAAGCUUAUAGAAGGGAUAUAUUCCUUCAAGGUUUCUGCAUCAACUCCGACAGCUUAUGGUGAAACGUUUGUCAAUGUAACUGUUUUGCCAGCUAAAAGAUACAAUACGCCUCCUACAAUUAUCAUAACUCCCGCAAACCAGACUAUAAAGCAACCGAACUCUGCUGCUGUGUUGGAUGCAUCGUCUUCUACUGAUGAUGAUGGCAUUGUUUCGUGGCAUUGGGAGUUGCAGCAGGGUCCUUUAGGUUAUCAACCUCAGUUGAAGGACAGUCCAACAUUGCAACUAAACGAUCUGACCAAGCCGGGAAAUUACACAUUCCGAUUGACAGUUACAGAUUCAGAUAAUGAGAAUAGUAUCCAAACUGCAAAUAUUACUGUUUUAGCUGGUACAGAUUAUCCACCGGAAGCUAAUGCAGGUGAAGACAAGAUCAUUUAUUUGCCUCACAAUUCCAUAACGCUAAGCGGAAAUCUUAGCACCGACGACCAUGCUAUCACAACUUGGGAAUGGACGAAAUCGGCGGAUGACGCUCAAAAAGCUGUCGACAUGCAGGAUACCCGUACGCCUUACUUGCAGCUCUCAAAUCUGCAGGAGGGAAUGUAUACAUUUACUUUGAAGGUUACAGAUAGUGCUAACCAAUCGAGCACUGCACAAGUUCAUGUGUUUGUAAAACCACCCACAAACAAGCCACCGGUCGCAGUAGCAGGAAAUAACCUCACAAUCAGCUUACCGCAAACUUGGGUCGUAGUGGAUGCUUCCAAUAGUACGGAUGAUGACAAAAUCAUCUCUUUCAAGUGGGAACAAGUCGAGGGACCUUCCACGGUCACUUUCGUUAAUGCGAACGCUACCAAAACUAACGUUACUGGUUUAACGAAAGGGUUAUAUUGUUUCAAAGUAUCUGUGACAGACGAAAAUAAAAACGUAGCAUCGGACAAAGUGUUUGUCACUGUUAAUCAGAAUAAAAAUCAGAAACCCACAGCUGAUGCAGGCAAAGAUUUCUCUGUGGAGCUCCCCAAAAAUGUCGUGAUUCUCAACGGAUCAGACUCCAAAGACGAUUGGGCCAUAGUACGAUGGAAGUGGACAAGGGAUGACAGCUCCCUCGCUCUUGGCAAUAUAGCAGAAAAAACAGACGAAUCACCGAUUCUCAUUCUAACGGAUCUAGCUAUAGGAAAGUAUGUUUUCAAUUUAACGGUGUAUGAUGAGCAAGGAUUGAGUGACACGGAUUCCGUCACCUUUACCGUGAAGAACGAUCCGAAGUUGUUUUAUCUGGUGGAAAUCACUAUUGAUAUCGACGCCAGAUCGCUGACUGAAGCUCAGUUGCGAACUUUCAAGGGAAAGCUGGCUUUGUUGAUCAAGGAUGGGUCAAAAUUAAAAGUUAGCUCUGUACGUUCCGAGGUGCGAUCAUCCAAAACCCUGCUCUCGUUCUACAUAGAAAACGCCGAAGGCAAACCAACGCCAGCCAAUGAGGUCGUCCAAUACCUGAGACAAAAGCUGCGGGUAGAUGCCAGCCUACUAGGCUUCACCGUAACCAAACUCCAAACGACCAUCUGCCAGAACAACUGCUCGGGCCACGGCGUGUGCGACGAACAGACCAGAGAAUGCAAAUGCGAGGCUUUCUGGAUGCAGGACAUGUUCAAGUUCUACCUGGGAUCGGACGAAGACUCUGACUGCAGCUGGAGCAUCUUGUACGUCGUUUUGGGAUUCGUUUGCGGCGCGAUAUUCUUCUUGGGCGUUCUGUGGGGAAUUGUUCAUCUCUGCUACAGUUUGUGUUCGAAGAGAGGUGCCAUGUCUAAACCUACGACUUACAAACUCAUCGAGGAUAAUGAUGAUUUGCCUCCGUUUGCCUCUAGAAAAACAAAUUUGUCUGACAGCGAUACGGAUUCUGAUGUCGUAUUCGAGUCUCGCUCCAAACUACCACGUUUCAGCGAUUCGCGCAACGGGCACAAACCGAAUCGGAAUGGAUAUACCAAACAAGGCAGACGAGUCAAAACUUAAUUUUCCGCAACGAUGCUAUAGCAGUCAUCUUUAAUUUUAUCAGAGUUGUGGUUUGCUCCAUGUGAUUUACAUUUUUUAUACACGUAACUUUUGACUUUUAUAUAAUUUUAAAGUUUAUGUUCCUGUACAUACUAGUGAUCAAAUGCUACUUUUAAAGUGACUUGAUGUUACCCAAUAUUAUUUAUAUUUAUUUUAUGCAAACACGAGUAUUUAUGUGCAAACGUACUUUGGUAUGUUUUUGUGAUUUUCUGGAGAAUAUAAUUCACUGGAUUUCUA